AUGGGAACAUAUUUAAAACAGAUUGAUAAUGAAAUUUACAAACUAAAAACAAAAAACUGUUUUUAUGAGUAUGAUGAAUUUUGUGACUUUAGGAAAAUCGGAGAAAGUAGAUUUGGAAUGAUAGUGUAUAAAUCAAAAUGGAGGAAAAGAAAUUUUGCAGUUGUUCAUAAAAGUGUAGAAAUUGAUAUUAUCCGGAAUAAUAAGACCGAAAUUGAUACUAUCCAAGGUGAUAAGAUCAAAAAUACUAUGCAGAAUAUUAGGGCUUUUCAAGAGUUAAUUACUGAAAUUCAACAAUUACAAAAAGUUGGUUUUCAUGAUAAUAUUAUCAACUUUUAUGGGAUUGCUAAAGGAACUACUAAAGGAAUGUAUUCUAAACUUUUUUUGGCUGAUUAG